AUGGCAAAGCGCAGGGCUUAUACCAAGGUCACCGGCGCCCCAGACUAUGAUGAUCCUGAAUUCUGGGAUGCCAGAUUUGCGACCGGCCAAGAUGUUGGCGAAUGGCUGAACUCGGGUGAAGUGCUGAUUGACAGUGUCUUGUCGGCCCUCGAGCACCGGCCAAGCUUCGAUACCCGUACACCACGUAUCUUGCACCUAGGCCCGGGUGUUUCGAAGCUAGGAUUGAAGCUUCGAGAUGCUUGUCUCAAGAGGCGGUGGCCUGGUCACGGUAUCGUGAACGUGGAUUUUUCCGCGGAAGCCGUUCGCAUUGGUCGAGCCAUCGAAUAUCAAAAGACCCCAGACCAAGCCAUGCAUUGGCAGCGCGCCGACCUGCUCUCAUGGGAUGAUAUUUCCAGCGUGGCUCGUUUCGCGCCUUUCGAUGUGAUUCUUGAUAAAAGCACUAGCGACGCGAUAGCUACUUCCAUCGACCAGAUUUUUAACGUGACGGAUGAUAUGUCAGGUGUCUGCCCGAUCGUUCAAGAGAUCCUCUCUCGAAAUGGCUCGGUCGCGCUGUCUCCGGUCGAAUUACUAGCCUUGCACCUGGUCCCUCUUACCCGGAAAGACACUACGUGGAUCACGUUGUCAUACUCCACUCUACGGUUCGAUAACCUCCCAUUCCUUGCGGAACAUUGGUCUUUGCGAUCGCGGAUGCCUUUGAAGGCGCCACCUGGGCCCGUCUCUUCCACCGUCCAUACCCCCGAGGUAUUCCACUGGUUAUAUGUAUUGGACCGGAAGUAG